AUUCGUUUUAUUUCUUAACAGGAAUCGUGGAGCUAUGGAUUUUAAGGUUGUUUUGAUAUUGUUUGUUUCCGUCUUGCUUUACCGAAAUGUUUCUGCCAUUUCAACCACUUGUCCAUCACCGGCCCAAAGCUCAAGCGACGUCAUGACACUCAAAGGAGAGACAAGAAAUGAAUGCUACGUGUACGUUACGAAAGCAAUUUCACAAGACGAAGCUAUUGAUGACUGUAGAUCGGGAUAUAAGGGAUUCCUGGCUCGAGUUAGAACGCGUAACGAGUUGGCUAUGGUGGUGUCUACACUACAGGGUGUUCAUAGGGACCAUAUAUGGGUGGAUAUUAAGUACAAUACUGUAACUCGCAACACUACGUGGUCAGACGGGACUUCUGUUGGAAACGAAAUGAUGAGACAGAAAGUGACGUCCACUUCAACUACGAAAUGUGGAGCACUGAAGAACCAGGGAACAGGGGUUACAAGAUACGAAACGUGGGAAACUAUAUCAUGUGUUUUGUAUAACGGAUACAUAUGCCAAACGCCUGCAAUCGUAAUCGACGAAGCAAACUGUGGAAACAGAUCCUUUGUCUACGGAGGAUCCUGUUAUGCUCUCACCAAUACAGUGGCUACGUAUACCGGAUCACAACAAAUUUGUAAAGACCUUGGCGGAGAAAUGGCGACCAUGUCGACGCAGGAAAUUAUUGUCGCUACAACAAAUUACCUCAAUUUACAUCAAAGCUUGCUGGACAAGAUCUGGGUCCGCAGCGUGAGGCAAGACACUCUUGGGACGACUGUUGGCUCAAAGUACCCACCGGUUAACACGCAGUACAUUUCGAACAACCUGGGCAUGCUGAUUACUCGAGCUACGACCAGUAACCGAUUAUUGGACGCUGUCACAACUUGGUUCUGGAGACAAAACAACGACCAAAUUACCACGGCGCUCACUUUGUGUAAAAUAUUACCAGGGGUCCUACCUUCUAACGUUCCGCAAACGACUGCGACGAACGAAGUGACAGCAACCACAACAGCUUUACCUCCAACAACAACUGGCGUUAGCAGCACAAUAUUAACUGCAGUUCUGGUUGUAACCUUUUUCCUGGUACUGUGUGUGCUGGUUUUGUUAUUUUGCUGGAAGAGAACGGAUUGCUUUCAAGCUUUACUGCGAAGGCGGAAAGGGCAUUCAAGAGAAAAGGCUCUUAUAGCGUCCAGGCAAAUAAGCGGAAGAGAAUCGGUUCAGAAUGCACAUGGAAACCUUUUACCAGCCACGCAGCGAAGUGACAGCGUACACAAUACUGGCCAAACUACGAAUAAUGUGACUUAUGAUUCAAACCCAUACAAUCAGUUGUUUCAGAUAUCAAAUGACGUUUCGUCAGAAGCUUUAUAUGCCAGUAUAGACCAUGUUACCCCAUACGCGGUGUCGAACGUGCACCACGCAACGUAUGCAGAGAUUGAUAACCCACUUGUCUUUACUUCAACUGGACAACCGAGAAGAACAAACACUGUUGGGGCAAAAGCAAGACCACGGCUGCACGCAGAGGCAAAAUCACCUGAGAAUAGUCACGGAAAUCGAUCGCAAUCUGCACAUGGUAGACUAAGGGCCCAUACACACCAUGGCGAGAGUUCAGACAGUAAAGGAUAUCUUAGACCUUCUUGCUGUUCGCCCGGGCUGCCCUCUGUACAAUACGCCCAGUUAAACUUAGCAGCUGAUGAAGAAGAACAAGUCAACUACGCGAGAUUAAUGUUAACCGAUGAAGAUGAUUCGUAUAAACAACAAUUACUUGACUCAGAUCCGACAGCACACGAUGCUACAUCGUGUCCCACCUCGCCUACUUUAAACUUGUCUAGUCCAAGACUAAAUAUUGGCUCAACAAAGAAAAGUACUACUUCAGAUGCCGAUUCGGGUUUGGCAGAAGACGGAGUUCUAUCUCCGACACAAGACCCUGUUUGAAAUUUUAGGAUAUGCUUAUGAUUGUAGCCGACCGUGAUAUACGCAAAUGCAUCUUACAGCCAUUUUAGUAUUAUUUUGUACAUUUAAAGCGUAUUACUGUAGUAUGUGCUAUAAGGAUUUAUAAAAUAAAAUGUCGUGUCAAAUAAAAA